UCGUCCAUUUAUAUUUUCAGCCUAAUCUUCUCUGCGUUUGUUGCAGUACUUAAUGUGGUUGAAUAUUUUUUUAAAAAGAUAACGGAAUCGGAUACUGAAAUAUUACAGCACAUUCAUAUUCCAAGCAGCUAUAAAGUUUCAAAUACUUGGAUUAAUGGCCAAGAUUAUUAUAGGUUGGAUGGAAAAACGCCCAAAAACAUUAGACACGAAAUGAUAAAACGUUUUAACAGUGAAGCCAACAGACGAGCUCGAGUUUUCCUGAUAUCUGCCAAAGCUGGAGGCCAGGGAAUAAAUCUAACUGGUGCAAAUAGAGUUAUAAUAUUGGACACUUCAUGGAAUCCUUCUAAUGAUCAACAAAAUAUUUUUCGAAUAUUUCGAUUGGGCCAGAAAAAAAACUGUUAUAUAUACCGUCUACUAGCAAUGGGAACGAUGGAAGAAAAAGUCUACUCACGAUCGGUCACAAAGCAAGCAAUGAGCUUUCGAGUUGUUGAUGAGCAGCAAAUUGAUAGACAUUACAACAUGGCAGAAUUGGCUGAGCUUUACACGUUAACUGUCCCUAAGCAAUGUGAAAGGACAAUGCCUGUAUUACCAAAAGAUACCAUACUAGCACAUCUUUUACGGCAAUCGGAGUUAGUUUAUAAAUAUCAUGAACACGAUAGUCUUUUAGAGAAUAAAGUGGAACAAGAACUAAGUGAGCAGGAAAAAGCUGAUGCUUGGGAUACAUAUGAAAAAGAAUUACAAAUGAAUUUGGCUCAACAGGAAGGAUUUAAUGCCGAAAAGACUCACAAUUCUAUUCACCCCGCAAAGCUGGCGUCAUAUUUGGGUUCUGUUCCAAGUCUUGAUAUGCAAACCCUAUUAAGUUAUAGUCUGCAAUCUGCGUCACUUAUGCCACAGUACAGUUAUGGAUUAAAUCAAAACUAUAUAGAUACCUUAAAUUUGUAUCAAAAGUAUACAUCUCUGCGUUACCCGGAUAUGAACUCAUGCAUUGAAAACAACUUUGGUCCAUCCCCUUUUAACGUGCUUGGUACGCCAAGUCGCUUGCCAUCAAAUCCCUCAAUUUUGUCGCAUAUGCAAAAUAUUACCAAUUCUAAAUCACAGGGUAUAGACUCAACUUUAUUUGAUACACAAAAAGGUCGUAGUAGCUCCAUGAAUCAUUCCCAAUUUCACCAUUCGAUUCCUUCAGAAACAACAUCACUGGAGAACUUAUCAGUAAAUUCCAACUCAAAUAAUGUUCUUGCUAGUUUAGGUCCUUAUAAGCAAUUACUUGAAAACCCGCUAUCAAGUCUAUUAAACUAUGUUCCCCAGGGUUACUCUUCAUCCGUUCCACCUGAAAACUUACAUUCAAAUUUAAAGGUUGGUUUUAACACUUUUCCCAGUUUACUUUAUCCAGACAAGCCUCUAGAUGAAAUCGAAAGUAUGAAUAUGAAAGAAAAAACAACUAAAUCAAAGCAAUCGGUUGAUCACAAUAUUGUCAGCUCAGUCGAUCUUACAUCUCCAUCGCCAGUUAGUGUGCCGGUCAGUAGCUCACUCUCAAAGACAUCAGUGCAUUUAAAAAAACAGAUAACGCUUACAAGUUCAGUUGAUAAUACUAAGUCAACGCUUGGCAGUGACUCAAUAACAGCCGCUGCAGCGAAAAAUACCGCUUCAUCUUUGAAAGGUGGUAUGACUUUUUCAUCAACAUAUCCUAGUGACGCUAGUUCAUCCAUUUCAAAAGAUUAUUUAAAAAGGAGCUCUGAAAUGCAAAUAAUACCAACAACAAGUCCUCCUGGUACAAGUAGUAUUACAAAGCAGCUGAAUGAAAUAUCUCCCAGCAUAUCUCUUACCGCUGUUAACUCAUUAACAGAGAAAACAAAAUCUCGCAGGCAAACCGUUCAAAAGAGUUCUUCCAACUUAACUGUCAAUAAUAAGCAAAAUACAAAUCUUUACAAAUCGAAGAAUACUUUACAUCAGAAUAUAUCAGCAUUAUCGAAAGCUUCGUUGGCUGCAGUUAGCGAUGGUACCACUGACUACAAUACAUCAAUCAACAGAAGUAGCGCGGAAUCAAUGUCAAGUAAUUCUAAGGCAUUGACGACAGUGAAUAAAAAUUUUUUGCCCGAAUCAUUCUAUAAAAGCAGGACCAUAAACGCAACGCAUAAUAAAUUAAACAGUAGUUCUCGUUUACCUACAAAUGUUGUUAAGCAAGGUCAAGGCUCAAGCGACGGUAGAUUUCUCACUAGUGACCUAGUUCCAAUGGCAACAGAAGUACAAUUGCCAGGAGAAAAGGCUAACAGUCCUUCGAGAAAGAGGUCUACUGAAAGUCCAAGGGAAAAUAUAAUUAGUAAACGCACUAAGCUAUAAUGUAGUAUUUUAUCUAUUGAAUUAGAAUACAUAUAAAUAUUCCUUUGUAACAACUAAUACUGAUUUUGAUCAGAAUUGAUCAACUGUGACUAUGUUUAUGAGAUUAUAC